UUGUAGCCUUGUUAACACAAAGAAAUAUAAUUUGAGAAAAUGGUCUACUUAUGUUUUGUGGGACACAAUGUUUAUGAGCAAGUAGAACAUUUCCCAUGUUUCAAUAUUUUUUAAGAAUACAUCUACUGCUAAUUUGCCUCAGUGGGUUCUCAGAUGCUUCAAUUAGCAAUCAGAAUUUGAAACCUCCUUCUGUUCCUAUGGACUUGAAGCUGGGAACAGAUCUUCUGAAGAAUUUUAUUCAUAAAGACUCAAGAUGUGUCUUCACCACAGCGGGUUCAUGGUCUAACGAGGAGUUGAAUUGGAUGAUGAAAAUUCCCGGAUUUUUCGGAUUUACGCACAUCAUAACAAAUGGUUGUCAGGUGAUUGUUUCCAAAGAUGUGACGAAUACUCCAAAAUGUCGACCAACAAGCACUGCAAAUAGUGAACUAUUCUGCAUCUUUCUACAGUUUGGAAAUUCUAAGGAGAUGCAAGGAUUCAUAGAAAGUAGUGUGGCAGGAAUCUUUGUAGAAAGAAGAGAUGACAUGCAGUUUUUCCACCUUCAGUUCCCAGGAUGCAACCAGUUGCUUUUAAAACAUGCAAUACUUUAUAAUGAUGCUACCACAUGGAAUGCAAGAGAGAAAGUUAGCAACUACUGUUCAAUCAAAGGAUUACCACGAGAGAAAUUUGUAUCACUUAAGAUGAAUGACAUGAAGGACGUGUUCCUCAGAAUCGGAAGAUAUCCAGUAUUUACAUUAUGGCCGGUUAGUUAUAUGGGAUACGAUAAACUAAGGGGAAAGAAACAGUUACUUCCUACAGGACCCUUCAUCACCCAACUAUACAUAAUGUCAGACUACUUCGGAUUUGAUUUCAACAUGACAGAGAUGUCCGAGAUAUGCUACAGUGCGUACACUACAAGCUUCUCCGGGGCCUGCAAAUCCAUUGAAGAUGGUGACACGGAAAUCUAUCUGUAUGGAAUUCCGAGUAGUUUGUAUGAUUAUGCAAAUAACAAGGACUACAAUAAGAUUGCUUAUUUGCCAAUUAGGCAACCUCAAACCAGAAUAGCCUGCCCCCUGCCUCGUGAAAGGGUGAGCUAUUUUACCAUCGUCAACACCUUCACUGCUACAGUUUGGAUUUUUAUCCUUUGCUCUAUUGCAUUUGUGAGUUUAACCCUAUGGAUGAUGAACCGAGCGUCUAAGAGUGUAUACCCAGAACAGGAUCAGUCUUUAGGAUAUAUUGGGAUGAUCAUGCUCGGACAUCUAUUCCAAGAAGAACUACCUAAACCAUGGAUGGAAGGAAGAAUUAGUACAAAGAUGCAUAUAACAGUUUGGUCCAUUGCUGUAUUUUUCCUGGUUGUUGCUUGGCAGUGUGAUCUUAGAGCUAAACUGGUCUUGAAGAUUUACGAAGAUCCCGUGAAUUCAAUGGAUGAUUUGACGAUGAGAUCUGAGAUGAACCUGACUUUAUCCCACCAUAGGAUCAGGAUGCUUGGAGGAUAUGAUACCGAUCUGAAGCUACUCCAGGAACAAAACAGAUACCUGGACUUUGAUGUGAACUGCGAGGAGUCGAACCUGAUUACAAUUAUUCAAAAUGGAAGCUGCUUAACAGGCUAUGACUAUGUAUUUGACAAUAAGAUGGAAAAACUCCAAAGGAUUCAAGGAAAGGUGACCUUCCAUGUUGCCUCUAAGCCCCUUAUCUCGUAUGGAAGUAUUGGUUGGUAUAUCAGCAGGCAUAUAUACUUCAGGGAGACAUUCACCAGAAUGGUCUCAAGACUGGAAGACACAGGAAUUUCAAAGAAGAUUUUAAGAUAUCACAUAGGAACUCCUCUAAAAGUAUCCGAAGAUGAACCCCUGGAUGCACUAAAACUUCAAAUAUUUUAUCUCCCUCUCAUAAUACUAGCUGCUGGAAUUUUCCUUGGCUCUGUCUCUCUAUAUCUGGAAAUAAUGUUUGGGAAAAAAAUAUCGAAAUAAAGAUUUGAACUUU